UUAUAAUCUGUUUUCUGUGCUGAAACUGUUUGAACGUUAAAGAAGCUGUAAAAUAGUUGAAAUGAUAAAUAAACUAAAACGUUACGAAAAGAUUGAGUUUCUUGGUGAAGGACAGUUUGCUACUGUAUAUAAAGCUAAAGAUAUUGAAACAGAUAACAUAGUUGCUGUAAAAAAAAUUAAAAUUGGAAGUAGACAAGAAGCUCAAGAUGGAAUUAAUAGAACUGCGUUGCGUGAAAUUAAACUACUACAGGAACUUCAUCACAAAAAUCUAAUUGGUUUAUUAGAUGUAUUUGGACACAUGUCCAAUGUUUCUUUGGUAUUUGAUUUUAUGGAUACUGAUUUAGAAGUAAUAAUAAAGGAUAACACCAUUAUUCUUACCACAGCAAAUAUUAAGUCAUAUAUUUUGCAAACAAUUCAGGGACUGGAAUAUUUGCAUUUAAACUGGAUGCUACAUAGAGAUUUAAAACCCAACAAUUUGCUAGUUAAUGCGGCAGGUGUUUUAAAAAUAGGGGAUUUUGGUUUGGCCAAACUUUUUGGCUCUCCAAACCGUAUAAAUACACAUCAGGUAGUAACUAGAUGGUACAGGGCCCCUGAGUUACUGUUUGGAGCCAAACAAUACAGCACAUGUAUUGAUAUGUGGGCAGUUGGGUGCAUUUUAGCUGAAUUAUUAUUGAGAGUACCAUUGUUUCCUGGUGAAUCAGAUUUGGAUCAAUUAACGAAAAUAUUUAGUGUAUUUGGUAAUCCCACAGAAGAAAACUGGCCUGGACUGAAAAGUUUAUCUGAUUUCAUUGAAUUUAAACCAUUUACUCCAAUACCACUCAAGAACAUAUUUACUGCUGCUGGAGAUGAUUUAUUAGAUCUUUUGGAAGGUUUGCUGGUGCUUAAUCCUAUUAAGAGAAAAGAGUGCACAGAAUGUUUACAAAUGCCAUUCUUUAGUAAUAAGCCAGCUCCCACUUUAGGAACUAAAUUACCACUUCCACAGAAUAUUAGAAAAACUAAAGAAGAAAAACCAUCUUUAAAAAGAAAAUUGUUAGAUUCUGCAGAAGGGGGAACUUUAUCAAAGAGGCUGUUUUUCUAAAAUAUUUUGUCAAAUAAUUUUUCUUGAAUUUUUAUAAUACAGUAUUAU